ACAGAAUUUUACUCACCGACUACCGAGUGAAAUAAUUCUCGACAAACUAGUCGAGGUCGGUCGAUUGCAAUAUGAGCAAGAAUUUGUUGAAGUUGCUUUGUAUUAUUCAAAUAAUACAGAAGUAAUUUGCAUUAAUUAAUUACAAGUGUAAUUUAAAAAGUGAAUGUAAUUUAUUUUAGUAAAACUAGUGUCAAGUUGUAUCGGUGUACCUACUUUAAAGUUCAGAGUUUCUUGGUUUUUAUUUUCGAGUUGCUGCACACUUGACUACCCGGACUGAAAGUUGUGUAUAUUUGGCCGGCCAUUUUGUAUUUCGCAUUGUUUGUCAAAAAGAAGAAAACUGGAAUUUUGACUUCGUAAUAAAAAGUGUGUUUGUAAUCAAGACCUAAUGAUAAUAUGAAUAACUACAAGAUUCUGGCGCUUUAUAAAAGAAGAAAGUGUUAAAUUAAGCAAUAACUUUAUUGUAACAAAGUGAAAAGUAUCAACUCGGCACGAUAUUACUAAAUAUUCUUAUUUGAAGUAGAAUUUUAUCACAAAAAUAGAGAAUGACCGUCUAUCAUGGCUACUAAAACUGAAACAGAGUAUCCACCAUCACCUGCAAAUGAGUCAGAUGAAGCCGAACAAGAUAAUUCAGAUGAAGAAACUAAUGUUAAUCAAAACAAUCAAAACAAAGUAAGCUCUAAUGUUGCUGACAUAUUAGCAAGACUUAAAUCUACAGGUGCUCUUGUUAAGAAACCUAAACAGGAGUAUCGUUGUUUUACAUGUGAUUUAGAUUUUUCUGAUUUGGAAGACCGAGAUAAUCACAUUAUACAACAUGUUUCAUUGCCUGACAUAAUAUUAGAUAGGCUUCCAUCAGACGACGAAGACUUUCCCUCAGCUGAUGAAAAUUGGUCUGAUGAAGACGACAUGCCACCACCACCUAAAACACCCCAGAAGAUUGACAUUUCCCAGAUGCUAAAAAAAACUGGUCUAUCUAUAAAGAAACCAGAUGACAAUGGAGCAAGUAAGUCUAGUUCAGCUUUGAACAAACUGAGUGGUCUUGGAUUUACUAUCAAGAAAACAACCCCAACAAUAAAAACUGAAAAACCUGACAGUGAAGCUGAACAAAGUACUGAUGUAAUGGAAAAAUUAAAUAAAUUAGGAGGUAUCAAAUUAAAACUAAAGUCAGAUGGGAUUAAUACAAACACAUUUAAAGUUGUCAAUGGCCUUAAAGAUUUUAAAACUUCUGAUGAUGAAGAGAAUGAAAACGACAACAGUAAAGAAGAUCAAGAUGAUGUUGAUGAAAAUGAUAAAUCUGGUGGGCAGGAGGAUUCUGGAGGUGAUGAAAAUUCCGGAGAUGAACAAAACAACCAAAGAAGUCGAAAUAAUUCCGAAAGUGACAGUUCCGAACAAAGACAACGAAAUAUCCCGAAUCUCAAAGUGAUACAGGGUAAAAUAGUAGCACAAAGAAACGAAAUCACCAAAACACCAAUAAAAAUUAGUCCCCAAAAGUUUGAAGAAAAACCAAUAAGGACUCAAAAUAGACCUGCAGUUAAACAAACACCUAAAAGGGCGGAUUUGCCUAUAACUUCGAAAGAAGUGCCAAAACCAGAAGAAACAAGUAAAUCUAUAAGAAAAUCAAUAUCAAGUACACCAGAAAGACGUGAAUCCAAUGAAAACUCAAACAAUGUUGUUGUAAAACAAGAAGUGCAAGAUCCAGAUACAGCACAAUCCACACAAAGCAACCCACCGUUAUUUUCUGGACAAAUAAAAUCGGAGCGAGCCUCACCGACUUUGCCUGAUUCUUCUUCAACACCAGUGUUAGCAAGAGUAAAAUCAGAACCAGAUACUUCUCAUCCCACAAAUACACAGACUUUAUUUUCACAACAAAAUGUAACAAAUAACCAACCAAGCAGUCAAACGGUUCCGGCUCCAAUACCGGCAGUCCCAAAAACUGAAGAUAUGACAAUUAUAGAAAUAAAUGGAGAUUCCAAUGAUGAAGAUGAUGAUUGUUGUGUAGUUUCGGCAACACCAGCUCCAGAUGUAAAACCAAUUGUACCAAAAGUAGAAAGUCUGCCAGCGCAAUCUUUACCUCCACCAUACUCUACUUCUGUGGCCACAUCACAAUCUAGUUACAGCACAACUCCUACUUUACAAUCACGAUUAACAUCAGCGUCUACAGAAAAACAACACACUUUCAAUUGGAAUGCUCCUGACUCCAAGCCACCUAUUGACAUGUUAGACAAAAGUACAGAUGAUUUAUUUGAUAGUCUUUUGAUGUCUUCGGCUAAAAAAGAAGGUCUAUCAUUGUCAGAUGCAAGUGAGUAUAUUUCUUUAGAUACUUUGGGUCCGCAACAUUCGUGUGAAGUGUGCAAUACGCGAUUUACUAAUAUAUCAUUAUUAGAGGAGCAUAAACGAAUGUCUGGCCAUUCUUCAAGUCUAGUAGCUCCAUCUUCUUCUACAAUCUUGCCAUACAGUUCAUCCUCUAAUAUUUUAUCUAGUUUAUUGCCAGUUAAACAUUUAGCAGAACAAGUAGGUAAAUUAUCUUCGAUAGGAAACAGCGGAUCUGGAUUUACACACCAACAAAAUGUCAUGAUAAAUAUUCAAGCAUACCCAGGAGGAGGCAAUGUGAUGGUUCCACCUCAAUCAUAUAACCAAUAUCCAUCUGGACAAAAUGUGCAUGGUAGCUAUCCGCAGCAAAAUAUGUAUGGGAAUCCAGGACAGCCAAUGGCAGGUCAAGGGAUGCCCGGUCAAAUGCCAAGUCAACCGAUGGCAGGGCAGUAUCAGGCUGGCAAUUAUAAUAUGACCCAAGGUUACGGACAGUUCCAGACGCAAAUGCCAAACCCGCCAUAUCCUGGUACAAUGCCAACAAACUCAUACGCGAAUACAUCAUCUGCAUAUUCAUCUGCUUCUCCUCUUCAAAGCAUGCAACAAGCUGUUUAUGGUCAAUCUCCUAUGAUGAACCAACAGUCACUUUCCAUGGGUCCUCCCGGUUUGCCGAGUAGUCAAUCGUAUGUUCCUACCUCGAGCCCGAGUGUUAUGAAACCCCCUACAAGUGGCAAUAUAAGAAUUCAAAAUGUUCAAACAUUUCCGCCGGCCGCUGUCGGCCUACCAAAUCACUCUCAAGAUAUGAGUGGACAAACAGUUCGUGGACAACUGCCAGGACCCACUCCAAUCCGGAUGGCAGCUGGAGCAAGUAUUACGGGAUCUCGACCUAGAAUGCCAGCUGUGAGAGGACAGCGCCCAACUAUAAGAUCCGGUGUGCAGGUGCACGGACAAGUCAGGGGCGGCAAAAUGGGACCUCGAAUGCCAAUGAAACGGGGGGGAGGUGCAGCCGGAGGACCUGGAGCGAAACGGCGACAAGAUAUGUUACUGCCUGGAAAACAUGACAAUGAGGACUGUCAAGUCAUGGCAAUGCAGAAACAACGCGAAGGACUCCCUAUGAUCCACAGUGUUCAAGGAGCCAAGGACAAAUUGAAUCUCGGAAGUCAAAUUUCUGUGACAAAGAAGACCGUCAACAAAGAAGCAAACGCGAUGGCUAAUGUUUUAGCAUCUAGAGGCAUUAGUAUAAAACAAAAACAGAAAAGUAGAUCCCCCACACCGGAAAGACCGAUCCCUCACAUACCUAAUCUCGGGGCGGGUAUGAGUAUCAAACACACGUCCAAAUCAAGUAACUUUUCCAUUCCAGAAGCGAAAGUUGGUGGAGGGAUGUUAACAUGUAAGAUAUGUAAAAAGAUGUUCAUGAAUCAUAAUUCAUUACAAGUUCACAUGUCGAAUGCGCAUCCACAGAGUAAAGUGCCCGUGUUCAAGUGUGACCAGUGUCCCGCUUCAUAUCCAAAGACUUUACAAUUGCAGCAUCAUAAAAGAGUGUUCCACAACAUAACGGGACCCAAUAGGGAGUUGGGCAUACCUGUAGUUGAUCUGUCUCAGGAGGACAAUUUGCAGAGGUUGAGUAGUAUUGGCAUAUACAGCUUUAUACCUUUGGCAAAUAGAGAGACUGUGAGUGGGUGUUUUGGGAUACCAGUGAUAUCGGUUCACAAUAUGCAAAAUGGUAUCACAGCAAACCUCGAAGCUUUAGGUGCAGAUGGACUUUUAAGCUUGGGUCCCCUAAAACCGCUAAAAAAUUAAUUUACUAAAUUAAUUUAAACUUAAUUUUGUGUGAUAAAGAAACAAGUGUAUAAAUAUUA